UUAACCUCUAGCUGCCCCAGGAGCUGUCUGACCCAACUUUCUCAAAAAUGUCCAUCACUUUGGAUAGAAAAAGCAUCUGCUGCAUAAAUAAAAAAUACGCUCAGUGACAAAAAAAAGUUAAGCACCCAGAGAGAGUGGUGUGAUUGAAAUGAACCUGCUUGGGGUGAAAGGUUGUGUGACUAUCACAAUGAUUAUAAUAGCAGAUCAAACGGAUAAUAAAGUAUGGACACACUGCUGGCCCCAUGUCAGUAGGGUGUGGCACACACCCCCCCCCCCCCCCCCCCCCAGGGCCUGGAUACAUGCAGUGAUAUAGUGCGGAAGGGAGUCGUACAGCCGUUGUAUCCUCUCCUGCGGCAAGUCGGCCCACAGCUGCUGUAACUGGCCAUCGAGAUCCUGAAGAUUGGCACUGAGUUGACGUCUGAGCUGAUCCCACACGUUGCAUUGGGGAAAGAUCGUGGGACCUGGUUGGCCACAGGAGGACCUCAACAUGACGCAGGCAGCCCAUAGUCACACGUGCCGUGUGUGGACGGGUGUUGGCUUGCUGACAGACUGUACCGGGGUGCUGUCCCAGGAGGGGUAAGACAGGCAGACGCAGGACGUCACUGACGUAGCGCUGUGUCGUCAGGCUCCCCUGAGUCACUACCAGAGAUGACCUGAUGUCACACUCUGUGGUUCCCCACACCAUGAUGCCAGCAGUAACGCCGGCCUGUAAAUCCACACCAUCGGCAGGAUCGGUCCUCUCCCCUCAGCUCCGCCACGCACAUGACGGUCAUCCAUGGUAAUGAGGUUCAUCACUGAACAUGCUAGGAUUCCGCUCAUCAGUCCAUGCCUCCCGGUUACGGCACCACGCCAAACAGCCGUCUCUGCGCUGGUGUGAGCGGCAGCCUACGCCUGGGAUGGUGACCCUGUAAUCCGGCGGAUGCCAGUCGGGACACAGUGGGGGGGGGGGGGGGGGGCACAGGGUGCUCUAGAGAGUCCAAUGCCUGUGUCUGGAAGACAUUCGCAGAUGUCAAGGGGUUCUGUAAUGCUUGGCGAACGAUAUGACGAUCCUCCUUUGGUGUGGUCUGUCUGGGGCGAUCGGAACCUUCACCAUGUGUGUGGGUGCCUCACGUGUCCAUUGGUUCCAACAUCGGGCCAGGGGCGCCGCUAGAAAUUUUGGGCCCUAUGACAAAAUAUGAGGUUGGGCCCCCCUACCACACCCAUUCCGCUCAAAACAUACAAGCCAACCUAGCUAUUCAAAAUCUUUGUCUGCAAUAUAAUAGUACCGACCUAUUACUUUUGUUAUUGCUUUUGACAGGUACCGUAUCAGUAUUUAAUCAGAGACCUACCAUGGCUGUAGCUAGCAGAUGAUUUAUUGUUCAAAAAUAAAUGUAAUAGAAAAAUUACAUAUUUAAUUUUCAUUGGUGAAAAACGUAACCUGUUCUAUUCAGUAUCAGAUAACGUUAAUGGUUUGCUAUGCAAGUAGCGCCAACAUUACAUCAAAGGAAGCUUCGUGAAUACCUUUCUUUUCGAAAAACUUAGUGAGUAAUUGUCGGCCCGUUUUCUCUCUCUCUGCUCUAUGUAACCUCGCUUGUCGUUUCCGAUGACCGGACUUAUGCUUCUUUGUUGAACUUGACAUAUCUGCACCUGCUCUCACUCAGCAGCGACACUCUACGCUAGGUAGGAUGGGCUGAACCAUGCAGUGAAUCAGAGAGGGGUGUAAUUUGACUGGAGAUGCAGAAAUAAGCCGUAAUAUUGUUUUAUUUGUAACUCUUUUGUAGAUACAUUUUUUUAUUUCUUUUACUUUACUGCUAGUAGUGUUAUUAUUAAUAAAGCAGAUCUCUGGGGGCCCCUAAAGGGCGUGGGCCCUUAGAAUUGUCCCAACUUUCCCCCCCUUAGCGGCGCCCCUGCAUCGGGCGACUGUGACAUCUGCACGCCCCACAUGCCAGAGAAGUUAGUCCACCCCUGAUAAUUAGGCAUCAGAAGUGUCAUUCAUGCUGAUAGCUGCUUGUUAAGGGGCUACACCGCAACCUCGGGCAUGUUUCGGUGGGUACGCCACGCACUGACGGAGGCACCUUGCAUGCCACGAAUGCUGACCUCCUCCUCUGAGAGAAAUGGGCCUCAAACUGAGGCAUUAAAAAAACAAAAAGAAAGACUCCAUCUGGCUACCAUCUGUAGCAGAGAGGUGUGUGAGAUGCUGCGCUCCAGCCUGAAUUUCCAACAUGUUUCUUCAUGCUUCUGCUUUGCACUUUGUUGGCAUGAAACGUGGACCCCUUUCCUAUAGUGGGGACCAGUUCAGAGUCUGCCCGGCCAUCUGGCAUGCGGGCGCUUUCCUGGUGGGCCGAUGCAUAUGUGGGUUGGCAAAAAUUACCAUGAAGGACCCCAAAGUCCAAGGCCGGUUUAUCUUCCGGCCCAGGAACUGCGCUUAGCGUAAAGUGUCUAAAGGGUUUGUCUGCAUCUGCUGUGUGGCUGUUUAUAAUCCGGGGGCGGCGGUGGGGGAAUACCCAGCAGGCUGAACACUCUGCUGCUCCGGGAGGAGGAGGAGGAGAAAGAGGAGGGUCGAGGUGGGCUUCGCGUCUUUGGUGAGCAGCUUGCUGAUGAGGCUCAGGAGAGCGUCGGGCUCUGAGAUGAAAGACAGACCCCGAUGGCAGGCAGAGGGUCGGCUGCAGCCGGACGCUGCGUUUUCCGGGAAUCUGUGGUGGUGCUGCUGCUUCUGGUGCUGGACUGGGCCGCGGGGUCUCCUUUCUGGACCGGUCAGGAGGUUUCUGCUUCUGAAGAUGUUCUGCCAGCACCGGUUCUGAUCCGAUCCAGACGCUAUACCAUCAACCCUCUGGGCUAUAAGUGGGGACACUUUAACAUCACCUACAAGAUCACUAGGUUUCCCAGCACCCUGAACAAGGAAGACACACGCAAAGCCAUCAGUCUCGCCUUUGCCAAGUGGAGUGAAGUGUCACCGAUGUCCUUCACUGAAGUCACCCAGCCCAGCAGGAGCGCUGACAUCACCAUCGGAUUCUACACCCACAACCACACAGACUGCUGGUGGGCCCCCCUGCAUCCCUGCUUUGACGGCGUGAAUGGGGAGCUAGCUCAUGCCUUCCUGCCCCCCCGUGGCGAGAUCCACUUUGACAACCAUGAAUUCUGGGUACUUGGCAGGUCCCGCUACAGCUGGAAACAAGGUGUGUGGCUCAAUGACCUCGUUCAGGUAGCUGCCCAUGAGAUUGGCCACGCCCUCGGUUUGUGGCACUCCAGGGAUCCGAGGGCCCUGAUGCACCCCAAUGCCACCUACACAGGUCAGCGGGACGUCGCCCAGGAUGACGUGUGGGCCAUCCAGCGCCUCUACGGGUGCUUGGACAAGCGGAGAGUGUGUGACCCGUGGGCCCGACUCGGGUUCUGUGAGCAGAGGAGGAGCUUCAUGAAGAAGAACUGCCCUCGUCAGUGCGACCUCUGCAUGGAGCCUCUUGAUGCAGUUACCAUGCCAACCCCACCCGCUUCCAAUAUCAGAGUUAAACUUGUGCCCCGGGGCAGAGUGAUACGGUUCCGCUGCGGUGCAAACACUCCCAAAACUCCCUCCAAAGUCAGGUGGCACAAAGACGGGGAGCUGCUGGCGUCUUCGGUUCCCGGGUACAUCGCCAUGAAGGGCCACGAGCUACGGAUCGUAGCUAAUGAAUUCAACGAAGGCACAUACACAUGCCGACUCCUCCGCCGUGGCAACGUGGUCUCCGCAAACUCCUGGACCAUUCGCCUGAAGGCCGAGCGCUCUGGUGAGCCCGGUUGAACACGGGCACGGAAAUGCCACCCCGGCGUUUUUCCAUUGCGUUGGCCGAGCCCAGAUCUCCGAAAUGCCGCUUUGGACCAAUGACCGACACGGGAAACAUCAGCAUCAGGUUACAUGUCUCAGAACACAAAGCAUUCGGUCACGUGACAUGUAGGACAUCUGGUGGCUGCUUGAUCAAGUAAGCCUACAGCAAUGCUUGUGUUCACAUGAUCACACAACACUGUGGUCACACUUAUUUUUAAAGGUUAUAGAUUCUCUUUUUUCUCUCCUAAAAUUAAAUUGACUGCAUCAGCAAUAAAUAUUACAUUUAUGUAGCACUUUUCCUAACCAAACUGGAUUUAAUUCCCAUCUGUGUGGGGGACAUUUCGAUAGGGGAUUUUGUUUUGUAUGAUAAGCAGGGACCAACUUCAGAUAAGGCAUGGGUAGGCAGCUGCCCAGGGCCCCUGAAAACUAGGGGUCCCAUGAAGACAGAAUUUCCAGAAGUUACAGUUAAGGAUGUAACAUAAUAUGAUCAUUUAUAUUAUAGCAACAUGUCUUUAAUUUGAAUUUUUAGCAAGUUUUCAGGACAGACAAAGUAAUGGACCGUUGCAGCUUUGACACUUUAGGCUGCCCAGCUGUCUUUUCCCACUGGAGUCCUCCGAUUGUUCACUGCCAAGCGAACUCGCACAAAGCUCCCCCCUCCCCAUGUCAGCUUAGGGCCCCCAGAGAUGAUAAGGCAUCAGGAGUGUCAUUCCAGCUUGUCUUUACUGGUGAAUAAGGACCUCAGCUUUGAGUCCAGCAACCUCACUGUACUGGGAUACUACUGUCUGAAUCUGAUCCAAGUAGUGACAUCACUACUGGAAGCAAAGCCUUUUUAUACAGGUUUCUCAUCUGUGUACAAACCAGUCACAACCUUGGGGUUGCCUAGUGGUUAACACUGUUCCCCCACACCUCUGUGAAUAAGAGUGUGGAGUUUGCCUGUACUCCGUGUGUCACUGAGGGGUUUUCUCCAGAUUCUCCGGUUUCCCCCCCACAGUCCAAAAACAUGCCAAUGUGAAAUUGCAGCUGCUAAACUGUCCAUAGGUGUAAAUGGUGCAUGGACUGAGAUGGGUUGUGUGCUCUGCAAUAGGCUGGUACCCCCCCACCCAUUAAUUAUUCCCAGCCUUGUGCCCAUAACUUCCAGGAUAGGAUCCAGGUCCCUACGACCCAGCAUAGGACAAACAGGCACAGUAAAUGGAUAGACAAUCACAAAGUCUAUUAGGAAUCAAAUAAAAUGUAUUUUCACAAAACAACCUUCUUAGCUAAUUUAAACUCUUGAUGUAACCAUUAAAUAAAGCAGCAUCUUUCAUGUUGGGCAUCUAUUUCCAGUCACAGUGCAAGAAGCUUAGCUACUUGGGGAUGAUGGUCUCAUCAUUCAGGUCAAACCAGAUAGGGUAGAUCUCACACUUUCAGGUGAAGAACAACCAGUCAGAAAAACAGUCUGCAGAGAAUUUAACAUAGAAACUACCAUCAUCUGAUAUACACCUAAUAGACAUUUGAUCAUUUUUAGAGCAAAACAGACACAAACAGGUAGGGCACCCAACAUCUCAAGUUGUUGAGAAAACAACAUGGACAAUAAAUUUCAAGUCAAGUCA